AUGAACUACACGGUUUUCGUUCCAACAGUCACUAAUAUAGCUAUUUUCAAACAAGAUAUUUUAGAUUCCUUUUCCUUAAAAGCGCAAAAAUAUGUCAUCUACACUGAUUUCAAUAAAGCAUUUGACCAAAUCGAUCGUAAUUUAUUAGUUCUCAAACUAAAAAUAACAUUCUGCUCUAAUGAUCCUCUCUUAUCAUGGUUUGUAUCUUGUCCAUCUAAUAGACUACAAAUCGUUAACAAUACAAAUUUUCUUUCAACACCCAUUAAAGCUUCUUCUGGAUUACCCCAAGGUGAUCAUAUUUCUCCUUUAUUGUUCUUAUUAUACAUCAAUGAUAUUUCUACUGUAUUAAAACAUUCAAACAUAUUGCUUUUCGCCGAUGACGCCAAAAUGUAUAAAACUGUUACUUCAAUUAAUGAUACUUUAGAUUUACAAUCCGACCUGAACUACUUUUGUGAUUGA